AUGCAUUCGUCACAACCGUUCUCCAUCCCACUCGCCAUCAUAGCACUUCUCACAGCCCUCCGCCCCACAUUAACAUUAUCCCAAUCUACCACAACAAAGUCCGCGACUUUAAAACUCACCACUGUCGCACCAUAUCCUACAACAUGGACUGUUUCCGCAAACUGUUUCUCCGAAGUGUCGGCAAGAGAUGAUAAUCAGGAGACGAUAUAUAAUAUGGGAUGCGGAGCACAGGUUAGGAAAAGUUGUUGUCCGCCGGGUUGGUCGCCUGGAGUUGUGUUUGGGGAUAUAACGAGUACCGUUGGUGGGAGUAAAGGGCUUUGUCCUUCCGGGUAUAUUGACCGACCGGAGUGGGGAGGACCGACGGAAGGUCCAAUAUUGACCAGAGCGGGGAGUGUGGAGAGGACUGUUGUUUGUUGUCCUAGGCUUUCGGAUCCGUACUUUGUGAGCACGUAUGCCAGGCCGUUCUUUUUGGCGGUGGAGGCGGUUGUGACGGCUACGUCUUCUCCUCCAGAAACUACGGAAACUACAUCGAAUAGACCUACGACUUCGGGAUUAGGGACAACAGCCGGUGGGAGUAUCCCGACAGAAACUGGAGGAGGAGGAAACGGUGAUGAUGUUGAUCAAGGAGAUAACAAUGGGCAAGGAGGAAAGAGUGGCUUGAGCUCAGGGGCAAUUGCGGGAAUUGUGAUUGGUGUCAUAGCACCAAUAGCUAUUGGAAUCAUUGCAUUUAUCUUUUGGAGGAGAAAAAGAUCAUUCGGAAUGGGUAUGAUGGAUAGAGGAAUCGAUCCACCAGUUCCACCACCACCGACCCAAACUAGCGGUAAUAAGUUCAUACCGUUCGACGACUCGCGAUCAUCGAGUUAUGGGAAAGUGGAGAACGGGGCUUAUCGGUAUAAGCUGCCGGCAGGGUCUGAAACGAUAUUAAGCAGUAAUGCGAUGGGGAUGAGGAGUGGGGAGAAUGAAGAGAGGAGAAUUGCUGUGUUUGAGAAUGCGGAGAAACUGCCGGAGCCGAGUGAGAAUGAGGCGGUGUAUGCGCAGCAGAAUUAUAAGUUUGGAGGACCGGCGCGGGCUCGGUGA